AUGAUUGUUUGGAAUGCUGACAAAUUUCUUGUCUCAGGGACAUGGGAUGAAUCCUACGCUCUUGCCAAUGCGGCGGCCGCGCAGAUGACGCUCGACGAGAAGAUGGGUAUUGUUGCUGGCACAGGGCAACUAAAUCCCGCGCGACGCUGCGUCGGUGACACUAUUGCAGUUCCACGUCUCGGAAUACCUUCAAUUUGCUUCCAGGAUGGCCCAGCAGGCAUUCGUCUGUCCAAGAAUGUUACGGGGUUCCCCACCGGAAUCAAUGUUGCAUCGACGUUCAGUCGAAGGUUGAUGCGUGCCCGAGGCGUAGCUAUUGGAGAAGAAUUCCGAGGAAAAGGUGUACACGUGUUCCUGGGUCCUGGAUUGGAUAUCAUGCGCAAUCCCAAAGCAGGUCGAGCAUGGGAGAGCUUUGGCCCCGAUCCAUAUCUUAACGGCGAAGGGGGAUACGAGACUGUUGUCGGUGUACAAAGUGUUGGUGUUCAGACCUGUUCCAAGCACCUCCUUGCCAACAACCAGGAGCACUGGCGCUAUGGGCUUACAGCCAACCUGGACGACCGCACGAUGCAUGAAAUCUACUUCUAUCCGUUCUUGCGCACAAUUGAGGCCGACGUUACAUCCGUCAUGUGUGGAUAUAAUAGGUUCAACGGAACUUCUUCGUGCCACAAUGCUGGUCUCAUUGGACCUGAUGGUAUAUUACAGAAGGCUGGCUUCAAAGGCUUUGUUGUGAGCGAUUGGGGUGCAACGCAUGAUUCUGCAGCAGACAAUGCCAAUGCUGGACUUGACAUGGAACAACCCGGAGACUACAUUCUCGUUGGUGGAGGUAUCUAUAAAGGAGGGCUGAAGAAUGCCGUCAACAAGGGUGCCGUUUCCACAGACCGAUUGAACCAGAUGGUUGCGCGUAUCUUGGCUCCAUGGUAUCACCUUGGACAGGAUUCGGGAUAUCCUCCAACUAAUUUUGAUGCCCAGAAACCCGAUGGCUCCGGCGACCGCAACCUUCGAGUAAAUGUACGAUCCGCUGCACACACCGCCCUCGUCAGGGAGAUCGUCUCCGCCUCGGCCGUCCUUUUGAAAAACAACAAGACAACAAACGCACAAGGAACCGUCAUCAGAGGACUUCCUGCUGUGAAGGGCGUUGCGAAGACCGUGGCCAUCGUUGGACAGGAUGCUAAGCUGCCCAACUUGAACUGCGGUGAUUUGAAUGAAUGUAAUGACGGGACCAUGUCUGUUGGAUGGGGAUCUGGGUCGAACUCUCUAGAAUUCAUUGUGCCUCCUGUAGACGCCUUGACAUCUUUCAUCGGUGACUCGGCGACCAUCUCCACUUCCUUGUCCAAUGACAUCAAUUCGGCAGUCAACGCUGCAAGAGGCAAAGAUGUAGCUUACGUUUUUGUUAAUGCCAUGAGCGGUGAAUUAGGCUUCUACACAUUUGUCGUCGGUAAUCAAGGCGAUAGAAAUGACCUGAACCUCUGGUGGAAGGGUGGAAGCCUCGUCGAGAGCGUCGCAGCCGUGUGUAACAAUACUAUUGUCGUUGUGCACUCGGUCGGGCCCGUGUACUUCUCGUGGAGCAACCACCCUAAUAUCACUGCUAUUAUCUAUGCUGGCGCACCGGGCGAGCAGACUGGACCCGGACUUGUCGACGUCCUUUAUGGCGCGUAUAAUCCAAGCGGAAGGCUUCCUUUCUCUAUUGCUGAUACUGAAAGUGCAUAUGGCACCACAAUCGUGUAUAACAGCCUUGGUUUCCCAGAGAUCGACUACACAGAAAAGCUUCUCCUGGAUUAUCGCUACAUGGAGGCCAACAACAUCACCCCGCGCUACGAAUUUGGAUUCGGGCUCUCGUACACUACAUUCGGCUACUCUAGCCUCUCCAUCAGCUCGACCUCCUCUGGCUACACCGUGUCCUUUUCCGUGACCAACACAGGCUCAGUUGCAGGCACCGAAAAACCUCAGCUGUACCUUGGAUAUCCUCCUUCUGCGGGCGAGCCUCCCAAGGUUUUGAGAGGAUUUGAAGAAGUUGAUUUAGCAACUGGGCAAACCAAGACUGUGACUAUCUCUUUGACUACCAGAGAUCUAAGUGUUUGGGAUACUCCAAGCCAAAGUUAUGUUCGUCCAUCUGGAACCUUCACAGUCUUCGUUGGGGCAUCUAUUUUGGACAUACGGUUGACUGGCACAAUCUAG